GCCGUCGGUUGAGCUGGCAGGUGGAAACAGUUUGCCUCAGUGGGCAGACCGCAGCAGGAGUGAAGGGACACCAUGGAGAAGCUGGAGAUGGAGGCUCCAGACUCUUCCCUCGUGGACGAAGCCAAGAAGCCGAAGUCCAAGCGGCUCAACACGUACGAGCGAGUUUUCCAGCCCUGCCUGGCGGAGCUGCUGGGCACCAUGUUCUUCGUCUUCAUUGGCUGCGUGUCCGUCAUCGAGAGCGUUCCAGCCGUGGGGCGGCUGCAGCCGGCUCUGGCGCACGGCCUGGCGCUGGUGGUGCUGGUGGCCGUCAUGGACAGAAUCAGCGGCUCCCAUUUCAACCCUUCCUUCACCGUGGCCGUCUGGCUGUGUGGCGGCUUGGAGCUGGUCAUGGUGGCGCCGUACCUGGUCAGCCAGCUGGUGGGAGGAGUCCUGGGGGCCGGCAUGGCUAAGCUGAUGACCAGCCCAGAACGCUUCAGCAACGCCAGCGGGGCGGCCUUUGACCUCCUGAGCUCAGAGAGCCAGCUGUACCGGGCGCUCUUCGGAGAGGCGGCCAUGACCUGCCUGGUGGCCCUGGUGGUGCUGAUGGUGGCGGUCAACAGCCGGACCAAGACGCCCUUCGCCCCGUUUCUGGUGGGCAGCACCAUCAUGUUCAACAUCCUGGCAGGAGCCGAUAUCUCAGGAGCUUGCAUGAAUCCCGCCCGGGCGUUCGGUCCGGCCCUGGUGGCCAACCACUGGACCUGCCACUGGGUUUACUGGGUGGGGCCCAUCAGUGGGGCGGCGCUGGCCGCUGCUCUGGUCAGGCUCGUUCUGGGAGACCAGAAGUUACGAAUCGUCUUGAAGUCAUGAUUUSCUCUCAUGGAGCCGUAAMCKUUAUGAACUCAUAAAAUGUUUCAUGGAUGUUUCUGACUUUUACAGCUGCUGAUUUGUUGGGAGUAAUAAAAACAGGUUUAUGGGGACCAGUUCCUGAAGCUGGACAGGAAAAUGAAAUCAUUCUGUUUAUUUAGCUGCUCAUAUUUCAGUCAUGUUUUCUCCAUAUUAUUCCCUCAUUUAUGAAUGUCAGAGUCACAAACUAAACAUUUCAUUCAGAAAUUAAAUGUUUAGUUAAGAAGCUAAAUAUUUAGU